UGUUUAUAAAUCAAUUUAUUAGAAUUUUUUCAAAAUGUUUAUGAUAAGACGUCCUCAACAAGUUCCUAAGCCAACAACAGGUACUAAGCAGAAAGUUAAGUCGCUCCUGGUGAAGUGUUAUUCAACCUGCAAAGCUAAAAGUAAGGAGGUCAAAAUUGGUAUCAUUGGGAUACCUUUUAGACAUGGACAGCCUAAGGAUGGCGUCCAGAACGGACCAGACCACAUCAGGAAAACAGGACUUAUCGAAGCUUUAAAGGAAAUACCAGGUGUGAAGGACGUCAAAGACUAUGGUAACAUGUGUGAAAAAAUUCCCCAAAAAGAUCUAUCUUUGGAAGAAAGACGAAAACAUGUUAUUGACUGCAAUAAAUUGUUAUCAGAAAAAGUUUGCGAAGUUAUUAGUGAUGGCAGGAUCGUUGUCAAUUUAGGUGGUGAUCACUCUAUAGCUACUGGUUCUAUAUAUGGGCACCACCUGGCAAAAGAAGACCAAGAUGUAGCCGUGGUGUGGAUAGAUGCCCAUGCUGAUAUCAACACCCACAAAUCAUCAGAUUCGGGAAAUAUGCAUGGAAUGCCCAUGAGCCAUCUGUUAAAGGAACUUAGGAACGAUAAAGAAUUGUGGCCUGGAGUUUUACCAGGAAUGGAGUGGUGCAAACCAUGCAUUUCAAGUAAACGUUUGGGAUAUAUGGGUCUCCGAAGUGUAGAUCAUUACGAGAGGUUAUUUAUUGAUAAGUUCCACAUACCUCACUAUGAUAUGUAUAGACUGGACCGUGUGGGUGCCCUGACAGCCGUCCAUGAGUUGCUCUACCAAAUCGAUCCUGGAAACAAAAACAGUAUCCAUAUCAGCUUUGAUAUUGAUGCAUUGGAUCCUUUGGAAGCUCCAACCACCGGCACACCUGUGAGAGGUGGAAUGACUAUUCGGGAAGCUGUAGUAGUGAUGGAAGAAUUGUACAAAACUGGUCGAGUAGAUGUUAUUGAUUUAGUAGAAGUUAAUCCUGCUCUGGGAAACGAGAAGGAGGCCCAAGUUACAAGUAUGGCAGCCAGACAAAUUAUAGAGACAGCUUGUGGAGCAAACAGGAGAGGCACAUAUCCUGUAGAGAAGGAAAAAGAUUAA